AGAGGAGAGCUCUGAGCAGAGCUUUCCCGGCGGCUGGCGCGCUCCCUAGGCAGCCGCCUGCUGGCCGGCCCCGAAACAGCAGCCAACCAACCCGGUAGGCAGGGAGGGGUCUCUCGACCGCGGCAGCAGGUGCGCGGAGCUGGAGCUGGAGCCGGAGCCGCGGCGUCCCCAGCGCGCCGCAGGAGGAGUAUGGCUGCCCGCUAUGAUCGCGCCAUUACCGUGUUCUCCCCGGACGGGCACCUCUUCCAAGUGGAGUACGCCCAGGAGGCCGUGAAGAAGGGCUCCACGGCUGUUGGAAUUCGAGGGCUGGACAUAGUUGUAUUGGGGGUAGAGAGAAAGUCUGUUGCCAAACUUCAGGAAGAAAGAACCGUGAGAAAGAUUUGUGCACUUGAUGAUCAUGUCUGCAUGGCUUUUGCAGGUCUGACUGCUGAUGCUAGAAUAAUAAUUAACAGAGCCCGUGUGGAGUGUCAAAGCCAUAAACUUACUGUUGAGGAUCCAGUCACAGUAGAAUAUAUAACACGCUAUAUAGCAUCUUUAAAGCAACGCUAUACACAGAGCAAUGGACGUAGACCUUUUGGUAUUUCUGCCUUGAUUGUGGGCUUUGAUGAUGAUGGUAGUCCCAGAUUGUAUCAGACAGACCCAUCUGGUACAUAUCAUUCUUGGAAGGCAAAUGUAAUUGGUCGCAAUGCUAAAACUGUGCGUGAAUUUUUGGAGAAGAAUUACAGAGAAGAAGCUAUAGCAACUGACAAGGAAGCUAUCAAAUUAGCAAUAAGAGCUUUGCUAGAAGUUGUGCAAUCUGGUGGAAAAAACAUUGAACUUGCAAUAAUAAGGAGAAACCAACCACUGCAGAUUUUUAGUGCAAAGGAUAUUGAAUCACAAGUUGCAGAAAUAGAGAAGGAAAAAGAAGAAUCUGAAAAGAAAAAGAAGAAAAGUAUUUAAAUCCCAGGAUAAAUGCUGAUUGCUGCUUAUUAAAAUGUUUCCAAAGUUUUAACAAAUACUAGCUGACCACAAUAUUUACAGCUGCUGAAUAAACUUCUCUUUCAUUAUCAAAUACUCUAGUUUUCUGAAACCUGUUACAGUUACAAAUGUGCUAGUCCUAAUGUGCUUGUAUUUACUAUGGUGUGCAAAUAGGCAGGUAUUUGCACCUUACCAUUCCUCCAUUUAUUUAUUGUUUACAUAUUCAGCAUUAAAAGGCAUUGUCAAACUUCCUGUAAGCAGAUUAUCACCAAACUAUUGGCAUAUCUCUGUACAAGAUAUUAAAGGUUUCCAAGUGUUCAAUUUUUUCUUAUGUAACUUUUUGCAAGUUCGAUAAGUUUGUGUUUACAUACUACUACUGUUACAUAUGGAAUGCAAAUUAAGAAUUCAAUAAAGUUCUGAUUUAUGUUU